CUAAGAAAGGCCCAAGCCCAGCAGUUGGGAUAUUGAAGUGUUUCUCUCUCCUAAGAGCAAUCAAAUGUAAUAUAUAAUAAAAGGGCCAAUUUCCGCCGUCCCCCUCUCUCAGCCACUUCUCUGCUCUUCCCCCUCCCUUCAAAACCUCAACCCCCUUCUCCUCCAACCCUCUGUCUCUCUAAAUCUCACCCAUAUCCGUAUACACAUAUUUAUGUACUUUAACUAUCUUCUUGCAUUUAAUCAGACAGUUGAACUGCGAUUGUAGCCUUCUCUUACCUGUGUAUCCUCAGUAUUAGGAGGUACAAAUGGCGGGGAAAUCGAAUAAAGGGAGGAAUCGGAGAGCAUUUAAUACUACAAAUUCUGUGGAGCAAGCAGUAUCAUCUGAUGCCCCCCUGAAAGAGAACUUAAAUUCUUCAGAGGCUCCCAAACCUGAUGCUAAUGGAAGGGCGGCUCUGUGUGAAUCAACUGCGGCUGUGUGUGAUUCAACUGCGGCUGUGUGUGAUUCAACUGCGGCUGUGUGUGAUUCAACUGCGGCUGUGUGUGAAUCAUCUAGUACGAAGUCAGAUGUAAAGGAGUCUGCAAAUGCAAAUUCAGACAACCAGGCAAAGCAAGGGGACAUUCAUUUGUAUCCUGUUUCUGUCAAGACACAAGGUGGCGAGAAGCUUGAACUACAAUUAAGCCCUGGAGAUUCUGUUAUGGAUGUGAGACAGUUUCUUCUUGAUGCUCCGGAGACCUGCUUCUUUACGUGCUACGAUUUAUUACUGAGCACAAAGGAUGGUGUGGUUCAUCAUCUGGAAGAUUACAAUGAAAUUUCUGAAGUUGCAGACAUAACCAGUGGUGAUUGCUCCUUGGAGAUGGUUGCUGCAUUAUAUGAUGAUAGAUCCAUCAGGGCCCAUGUUCUUCGCACAAGAGAAUUGCUCUCUCUUUCCACACUGCAUGCCUCAUUAUCAACAUCACUUGCGUUACAGCACGAGACAGGGCAAAGUUCUUCGGCAAAUUCAGGAGAUACAGUAAAAACUGACGUCUCAGAGCUCGAUAGUUUGGGUUUCAUGGAGGAUGUUACUGGUUCACUUACUAAUUUGUUGUCAUCGCCUUCUAAAGAGAUCAAAUGCGUGGAAAGUAUUGUGUUCUCUUCAUUUAAUCCUCCUCCAAGCCAUAGGAGGCUUGUUGGGGAUUUGAUUUAUCUGGAUGUGAUAACAUUGGAAGGAAAUAAAUUUUGUAUUACGGGAACCACAAAAAUGUUUUAUGCUAACUCAAGCACAGGGAAUAGCCUUGAUCCAAGACCGAGUAAAGGUGCAUUUGAAGCAACAACCCUUGUUGGACUCUUGCAAAAAAUUAGCUCCAAGUUCAAGAAAGCUUUUCGUGAAACCUUGGAAAGGAAGGCCUCUGCACAUCCUUUCGAGAAUGCCCCAUCUCUAUUGCCACCAAAUUCAUGGCUAGGAUUGUAUCCUGUUCCUGAUCACAAACGUGAUGCAGCUAGGGCAGAGAAUGCACUGACACUUUCAUUUGGCAGUGAGCUAAUUGGCAUGCAGAGAGAUUGGAACGAAGAAUUGCAGUCCUGUCGGGAGUUUCCGCAUAUAACUCCUCAGGAAAGGAUUUUGCGGGAUAGGGCGCUUUACAAAGUGACUUCUGACUUUGUUGAUGCAGCAAUUAGUGGUGGUAUUGGAGUCAUCAGCAGAUGUAUACCGCCAAUUAAUCCAACUGAUCCAGAGUGCUUUCACAUGUAUGUCCACAAUAACAUAUUCUUCAGCUUUGCCGUGGAUGCGGACCUUGAGCAGCUGUCGAGGAAGCAUGCUUCAAAUAUUAAUUUAAAGAGUGAAAGUACCAACUCGUUACAUAAUUUAUCUGAUAAUGGUUCCAGAAUUUCCAAUGGGGACAAAUCUAAUAGCUCAAAUACAGAAAAUCUUGUCGUGGAUUUGGUUCCUGAUAUACCUGCCGAGGCACAGUUGGCUGAGACUGAGCAAGCCACAUACGCUUCUGCAAAUAAUGAUUUGAAAGGGACCAAGGCAUACCAGGAGGCUGAUGUUCCCGCACUGUAUAAUCUUGCUAUGGCCAUUAUUGAUUACAGGGGUCAUAGAGUAGUAGCACAGAGUGUUUUACCAGGCAUCCUUCAAGGUGAUAAAUCAGACUCUCUUCUGUAUGGUUCUGUUGACAACGGCAAGAAAAUUUGCUGCAAUGAAGAUUUUCAUUCCAAGGUGAUAGAGGCUGCCAAACGCCUCCAUUUGAAGGAACAUACAGUCCUUGAUGGAUCUGGAAAUGUUUUCAAAUUGGCCGCACCUGUGGAAUGCAAGGGUAUCGUUGGUAGUGAUGACAGGCAUUAUCUCUUGGACCUGAUGAGAGUCACUCCUCGUGAUGCAAAUUAUACUGGACCAGGCUCCAGAUUUUGUAUUUUGAGGCCUGAAUUAAUCACUGCCUUUUGCCAGGCUGAAGCAGCAGAGAGAUUGAAAUCUAGGUCUAAGCCAGAGGGACAGAUUAGUGAAACCAUUGAUUCUCUAAAAGUUGAUAGUGCUGAAGAACAAGUAGGAACCGAGGCAAAUACAGCGCUAGCAUCAACUGACAAGCAGGAUAUGACAGACGAUGGUAAAAAUGAGGCUGUUCAAGAAUUUGGUUCUGCACCUUCUGGCAAUGAAGAAUUGUGCGAGGAAAUAUUUUUUAAUCCUAAUGUCUUUACAGAGUUUAAAUUAGCUGGAAGUCGAGAUGAGAUAGCUGCAGAUGAAGAAAAUGUGAGGAAAGCAAGUUUUUAUCUCAGAGAUGUUGUCCUUACAAAAUUUAUACAAGACCUUUGCACACUUGAGGUUUCACCCAUGGAUGGCCAGACGUUAACUGAAGCACUCCAUGCUCAUGGAAUCAAUGUUCGCUAUAUUGGAAAAGUGGCUGAUGGAACCAAGCACUUACCUCAUUUAUGGGAUCUUUGUUCUAAUGAAAUUGCUGUCAGGUCUGCAAAGCACAUUCUAAAGGAUGUCUUGAGAGACUCCGAGGAUCAUGAUAUUGGACCUGCAAUUUCACAUUUCUUCAACUGUUUUUUCGGAAACUGUCAAGUUGUUUCUGUAAAAGGUACCGCUAACAGUAUGCACUCCAAAACCCAUAAGAAGGAUCAAGCGGAUCAUCAAGCUUCAAGCAAGUCUUCUAGGGGGCAGGCAAAGUGGAAAAAUGGAGGAACUGCAAGAAAGAAACAUUCAUCAUAUAUGAGUUCUACCUCUGAUAGUUUGUGGUUUGACAUUUUAGAAUUUGCAAAACUUAAAUACCAGUUUGAGUUGCCAGAGGAUGCAAAAUCUCGAGUAAAGAAAUUUUCGGUUAUACGCAACCUUUGCCAAAAGGUAGGUGUAACCAUUGCAGCUCGCAAAUAUGAUCUUGAUGCUGCAGCACCUUUCCAAAUAUCAGAUAUUUUGAAUCUCCAACCUAUCGUGAAGCAUUCUAUUCCAGUAUGUUCCGAAGCUAAGGAUCUCGUGGAAACAGGAAAGGUCCAGUUGGCUGAGGGAAUGCUUAGUGAAGCCUACACAUUGUUUUUUGAGGCAUUUACAAUACUUCAGCAGGUGACUGGUCCAAUGCAUCGGGAGGUUGCUAACUGCUGCCGUUACCUUGCCAUGGUUCUAUAUCAUGCUGGAGACAUGGCUGGAGCCAUAAUGCAACAGCAUAAGGAGCUCAUCAUUAAUGAACGCUGCCUUGGUCUUGAUCACCCUGAUACUGCUCACAGCUACGGUAAUAUGGCUCUUUUCUACCAUGGGCUUAACCAAACAGAACUUGCGCUACGGCACAUGUCCCGUGCGUUGCUCCUACUGAGUUUAUCAUCUGGCCCGGAUCACCCUGAUGUGGCUGCAACUUUUAUAAAUGUUGCAAUGAUGUACCAAGAUAUUGGAAAGAUGAACACAGCCCUUCGAUAUUUACAAGAAGCCUUGAAAAAGAAUGAGAGGCUUCUAGGUGAGGAACAUAUUCAGACUGCCGUGUGUUAUCAUGCUCUUGCCAUUGCAUUCAACUGUAUGGGUGCCUUCAAGCUCUCUCACCAGCAUGAAAAAAAGACAUAUGAUAUUCUCGUCAAACAACUUGGUGAGGAGGAUUCUAGGACACGCGAUUCCCAAAACUGGAUGAAGACAUUUAAGAUGCGUGAGUUGCAGAUGAAUGCACAGAAGCAGAAAGGUCAAGCUUUGAAUGCAGCUUCCACUCAAAAGGCUAUUGAUAUUUUGAAGGCCCAUCCUGACCUAAUUCAUGCAUUUCAAGCUGCUGCCUCGGCCGGAGGGUCCGGUAGUUCUGGUGCAUCUGCUAACAAAUCAAUUAAUUCAGCAUUAAUUGGUGAAGCACUUCCUCGAGGCAGAGGGGUUGAUGAAAGAGCAGCCCGUGCUGCAGCAGAGGUGAGGAAGAAAGCUGCCGCAAGAGGCCUCUUAAUACGCCCGCACGGUGUUCCCGUUCAAGCUUUAACACCUCUUAACCAGAUCCUCAACAUAAUGAACUCAGGGAUGAUGCCGGAUGCUGUGAACAAUGAGGAAUCUGACGGGGCGAGUAAAGAAGCUAACAAUGAUCCUUCAAACGGACCUAGAGAUGCCCAAGAAGACCAAUCAAAAACAGGGGAAGAAGAUCAGGCUCCGAUCGGACUAGGCACAGGCUUAGCUGCAUUGGAUCCCAAGAAGCAGAAAACAAAGCAAAAUGCCCCAGCUUGAAAUUUUAUAUUGCAGUAUUUGCUCAUCAGCGACAGGCUUUGGUUCUCAAUUUCGAGGCAUUCUGCAUUUUUGAGUGAAGGUACCUCUUCCAAUUGUUGAUCUGAAUGAAUCUACGAGUUACUGCCUGCACUUUGAAGUUUUGUGAAUUGGAACGUGCCCAAAAGUUCUCGUGUAUUUCAUUCUUUCAAUAAUUAUGCUCCUAAAGUAUACCAUUUGGACCAGAGAGCAUCUUGUCAAAAUUUUUGAUGGAAGAGAAAUAUAUUUAUUAAGGUAUAAGCAGAUGAAUAAUGUGAGUUAGCAGAUGUAAUUCUUUUGCAGCUGUUUUCCUCCUAGUGAGCUUUGUUUAACUAGUGAACAUUUGCACA